CACCCCGCAGAGGAGCGCCACCCCCCCACCCCCCCCCCCGCUUCUGCUGCAGCAGAAUGAACAUGCUCAAGUCCAGCGGCCUGAAGAUCCCCGGCCGGGGGCCCAAGCAUUCCGGCCCAGUGGGGAGGACGUCCAGCCCCGUCCUCCCUAAAGACAACACGCCGCUCAAGCCCACCACCCCGACUAAAAUCUCCGAAGAGGGCGACGAUGUUUUGGGGGAUUACACAGUGGGCGAGCAGGUCUGGGUCAACGGGGUCAAGCUUGGAGUUAUUGCCUACCUGGGGGAGACCCAGUUUGCCCCGGGACAGUGGGCAGGCGUGAUCCUGAAUGACCUGGUUGGCAAAAACGACGGGUCAGUGGGCGGCGUGCGCUACUUCGAGUGCCAGCCCCUGCAGGGCAUCUUCACGCGACCCUCGAAGCUCAACCGACAGCCGGUCGGCGAGGGAAGCGACAGCCACUCCGCCGACUCCUUCUCUGCGCAGAAUCACACCCAGCAGGGCGGCAACGGCGUCCCCCCGGGCCAGAGGGUGGUGGUGCCGCUGAGAGAGGGGCUGCUCAACAGCGCGGUGAAAACGGGCUACGAGUCCGGGUCCAACAUGUCCGACAGCGGUUCGGUCAAGGGUUCGGUUAAGAAAGGUGGCGAAAAGGAUCUUCGAGUUGGAGAUCGGGUUUUGGUGGGAGGUUCCAAGAUGGGAGUCAUCCGCUACAUGGGAGAGACAGACUUCGCCAAGGGCGAAUGGUGCGGGGUCGAGCUCGAUGAGCCCCUGGGGAAGAACGAUGGCGCUGUGGCUGGAACAAGGUACUUCCAGUGCCUCCACAAGUUCGGCCUGUUCGCUCCGGUGCACAAGGUGAUCCGCAUCGGCUUCCCGUCCACCAGCCCGGCCAAGGCCAAGAAGAGCAAGCGGAUGGCCAUGGGGGUCUCCUCUCUGGCCCACAGCCCCAGCAGCUCUUCCAUCAGCUCCGUCAGCUCGGUGGCCUCCUCCGUGGGGGGGCGGCCCAGCCGUACCGGACUGCUGACCGAGACGUCGUCGCGCUACGCCCGCAAGAUCUCGGGCACCACCGCGCUGCAGGAAGCCCUGAAGGAGAAGCAGCAGCACAUCGAGCAGCUGCUGGCCGAGAGGGACCAGGAGCGGGCCGACAUGGCCAAGGCCACCAGCCACAUCUGUGAGGUGGAGAAGGACCUGAGCGUCCUCAAGGUGCAGCACGUGCAGUAUGUAACGGAGAACGAGGGCAACCUGCAGCAGGUCAAAGCCAUGCUGGCCAGCACGCAGAAGGACAAACUGGAACUGGCCAAUCAGCUCGAAGAAGAGAAGAGGAAAGUAGAGGACCUCCAGUUCAGAGUGGAAGAGGAAUCCAUCACCAAAGGAGACCUGGAGGGGGGAUGCUCUCGCGGCGCAGUGUCCUCGAGGUUGGGUAAGAGAACCAAGCAAACCACAGUCGAGGAGCAGAGUCGCAUUGUGCAGCUGGAGGAGGAGCUCAGCCUCCGCAGGGCCGAGAUGGAGAACCUCCAGGCCAAACUGAGGGGGUCCGACGCCAGCCCGCGGGGCGGCGGUGACCACGGCGACGGCGAGGCCCGCCCGGAGACCCCGCCGCCGCAGCCGCCGCCGCCAGCGCAGCCGGUGUCGGCGGGCCGCGAGCACCACGAGGAGAGCGGCGAGCUCAAGGAGAAGUACGAGGCGGCGCUGGCGGCCAGCCGGCAGGAGGUGGACUCCAUGAAGGCGGAGCUGGAGAAGAGAAGCCAGGAGGUCAUUGAGAUGAAGCAGAAGGUCCAGCAGGCCACCAAGGAAAACGUGGAGAUGAUGGACACCUGGAAGGUGAAAUUUGAGACUUUAUCGAUGGACCACCAGCGUUCCUUGGAGGAACUGAAAGCGUCGUUGAGUAGCGACCACCCAACUCCAGAAAAGGACGCCCAGGAGCUGAGAGCCACUCUGGAGAGCCUGAAGAUGGAGCACCAGCUGGAGGUGGAGAACCUCAAGGCCAAACACAAGAUCGAAGCCGCCAUUCUGAGCAAGGAACGCGAAGACUUCUGCACUCGCCUCCAGGAGGCCAAAGAGCUGCUGGCCGAGGGCAACCAGGCGUGGAGGGCCGAGGCAGAGGCCAGCGGCGGGAAGCGGUCCCUGGCGGAGGCCGCCGAUAAGCUGCAGAAGGCGGAGCAAAGGGUGGCGGAGAUGGAGAAGUCGCGCGUGGAGUGGGACAGAAGCACGGAGCAGCUGAGGGAGCGGUUGGAGCUGUCGGAGAAGAAGAUGGCGGACUAUCAGGCUGUGCAGAAGGCCCAGGCGGAGAGCCAAGAGGAGAUCCGGGGACUAGAGGAGAAGCUGAGGGUGACGGCCAACCAGCUCCAGGCCAUCCAGGCCGCCCGCUACACAACCCGCGAUGCAAACGUGAUAGAGGAUAAUGACAUUUCAGAGGACAAGAUGAAGCUGAAACAGAAUUUCGAAGAAACAACGGAGAAGUUGCUGAAAAGGGAGAAAGAGGUCACCACCCUCACUUCCCAGGUGGAAGCCCUCAAGAGCCAGACGGGAGCACUGGAGGCCAAAGUUCGCUCGGGGGAAAAGAAAGCCGAAGUCAUGGCCAGGGAGAAGAUGCGUUUGGAGGCGGAGCUUGAGUCCAUGACCAGGAAGUCCCAUGAUGCCUCUGGGCAGCUGGUGAAUAUCAGCCAGGAGCUGCUGAAGAAAGAGAGGAGUCUGAACGAACUGAGGGUGCUGCUCCUGGAGUCACACCGCCAUUCCCGCGACGUGGAGAAAGACCUGAACCGAGAAGUGCACAAGGCCGAGUGGAAGGUGAAGGAGCAGAAGCUCCAGGACGACAUCAAGAGCCUGCGAGACAAACUGCUCCUACUGGGUCAGGAGAGGUCUUCACCUGACCACCGGCGGUACUCCAUGCUGGACCCCUCGGUCCUGGACUCGGAGGUGAGCCGCCUGCGCCAGCGGCUGCUCAGCACGGAGGACGCCCUGAGGAACGCCAUGGAUCACAACCAGCAGGUGGACCAGCUGGUCCUGGCCAUGCGCAGGCAUCCGGACAAAAGCCUGGCGCAUGGUGCAAAUUCAGCCAAUGGGAUUCAUCACCAGGAGUCGGGCAGCGCUCGAGAUGAACAGCACUGAUAUGAGCAGAAGAGACCAGGCUGAACCGGGACCUGCGGAGGUCCGUCUUGAAGGAAAAGCUCUUCCGACGUCUCGUCCCGCGCCGGCCCGCCUGGAGAAGAUUUCCGUUUGCAGUUAAAUACCAAAACAACGAAUCUCUUUGUCUCGAGUGAAUUUAUGUGUCUGUUGCAGAAAGCCCCUAUUAGCCAAUCACGAAGGCCGGUUACAGUACUACGAAAUAUACACAGGGGACGUGGACACCAAGAGACGCUGUGGGUGCAGCGCCUCAGACUUUCGAUGCUUUAAAGUAGUUAGACAAAUUUCAAUCCGCAAGUUGCCGGGAACUCUGUGACAAUUGUUGAUUUUGAAUCGGAAAGAAGACAGCCGGUGGACAACGACGUGAAGAGCUGAAGAAACUGGGUCUCAGUCACUCUGUUUGUUUUAUUUAUUACUUUUACUCAGCUUGGUUUUAAUCCUCUUGGCCAGCGACGCUGUUAUUUCCAGGGAGUUUGACUCAUUUGUCGCUUCUCCUGCUUUCGUGUACAAUAUGACGAGUAACUGUGGGUUAAUGGAAGUAUUAAAAAGGCCCGUUAAAGUGU